GCGGUCCGUGCCGGUGGGAAUGAACGUUUGAAUCCAGAUUCAAAUUUCGUGCUUCCCCCGUCUGCACCUCGCUCGACUCCACGCAUGAGCCUCUUCCGUGGCUCGUUACAUCCUUCGUCGGUCAGCUCGAUGCACGCGAUUGUGAUUCUGCAGAGUGCCGAUCGUCCGGGUCCCGAACGAGCUCUUUGAUGUGAUCGCGGAGGAGUCUUUUUGCGACGGGGAGAGGUCGGCAUCGCCUCCUGUGCAAAUCUCUGGUUUGCGUCACGGCGAUCACAGGAACCAUCGGUGGUGUUGGCGGGACUGCGGUUUCUUGCGGGCGAGGCGAUUGCAGGCGUUGGUUGAACGGAAUGUUCAGACGUAAUGGAGACGCGUUGUUGCUGAAAGAUGUUGGGCUCUAGUGUUUUGGUUCCAAGCGUUCGUCGAGGAAAUCCGGAGGCUAGAUAGUGUUGAGAAUUGCAUCUUGUUGUGAGUGAAGCGGCUCACGGAUCGACCUGGCGUUACGAGUUGGUGAUAAAUAUCGUUGCCUGCCCUCUCAUCGUUCAGGCCUACAUCAGAGGCAUGCUGGGAGGGAACAUUGCAGUCAACGAAGCGAUCAUGUAGAGUUUUGCUUCUGGAAGCCAAAAGGAUGACGAUGACACUCAGGGAAGUGGAGGAGGCUGACUCCACCCUCAAAGACGGAGGAACAGUGUGCCAGGAGGGUGGCCAGCUUCAGGCUCAAAUUCACGAGGAGGACAGAACUCAUGAUCUCCAUGCGUUUACGGCAAAACCUCCAAGUGAUUUGGUCAGUGAGAGACGAUUAGAUUAUGAUGCUCUUCCGUGUAGUCCAGUGCACAUGGAAGCCUCAAGUGUUUCGCUGGAGCACUUCGACGAGGAUAUAGUUGAAGAUCCAUGUGAGCAACAGGAUCUAAUGAACACGGAGUCUAACCAGGCUCAGGAGUUGCAAAUAUCUAAUGAGUUGCCUCCCAGUUAUCAUGGAACCGCUUGUUCCGAUAGCAUUAGCUCUUUGGCAGUCAACGAAGAGAACGCCGUGUCUCAUCUCAGCGAUGGUUUGGUCCCGUCUAUACAGAAAGAUCAGCGGAUCAGUCAGCUAGAGGCAGAACUUCUAGAGAUAAGGCAAUCUGUAGAUCGAGUCCAAAGCGACCGGCUUGAGGUGGAGAAGGCAAAAGAAUUAGCAGAAUCCAAGGUCCUCCAUAUGCAGGUGGAACUGGAAGUUGCUAAAUCUGCUGCAAGGGAUCUGCAAGCAGAACGGGAGGAUCAAAAGUUGCGUUUGAAUCAAGCUCUUGAGAAGCUUGAGGUGCAAAGUCGGUUUCUAGAGUCUGGUUCUUUCGAGGCGAACAGAGCUAAUGAAUGCAUCGAUCUGGAACGAAACUGUCACGACUUGAAGAUGAGGCUCUUAGAGAAGGAGUCUGCUCUGAGAAGCCUUAAGGACGCCCAUGACCAGCUUCGUGGUUCCCACAAGAGGAAGGAGGAUAAGCUGCAACAAGAGAGGGAAGAAGUCAUCAAUGCACUUGAAGCGUCUGAGCUAAAGUGCGAAGAGCAGAGUGCCAGGCUGAGAGAGCUGGAAAAUGAUUUGUCCAGGUUUAAGGUGCAAACCGCCAAUAUGGAGAAGAGGUGUUCUAAGGCAGAGAGCAAGGCUAGCGAAAGCUCAUCAAUGGUGAGCGAACUGCAAUCCAAGCUGGACUCCACAGUAAUGGAGCUCUUUGAACUGAAAAACUCUAGCUCUCAAGUUGAUUCAAUGAGGAUGCGACUUAAAGAUUGUGAGAGCGCUCUCAGUCAUGAAAAGUCGCAGAGAGCUUCCGCCGAAAAGGCUUUGAAGGAGCUGAAGCAUCGAGAAGAACAUCUUGAAGAGGUUGAACAGCAGCAGAAAGAGCUGAAUGGUCGCUUGAAAUGGCGGAACGAGCAAUUUCAAUCACUUGAAGAAGCUCACUCCAAGUUGCGGACGGAUUUCAGAGUGCGGAAGACCGAGUGGGAUUCAGAAAGAAGUGGCAUGCUAUCAGAAAUUGAUACCCUACAGGGUACCUUGGACUCCAAAGAAAGACUUUUGCAGCAAGUCCAAAAUCAAUUGCAAAUGGUCCACCAGGCGCUUGCUCACGAAGAAAGUCGCCGCAAAGUACUUGAGAUACAGGCAGCGGAGGCUCGUCAAGGUCUUGAACAGGCAACAGCGGAUUGCGAAGCUGCCCAGUCCUCCAUAGAGAGUUUGAGGCAGCAGACAAGUACAGAGAUAGGAUCCCUGAGGGACACCCUGGGAGCGAAGGAUAGGCAACUCAAGGAUCUGCAAGUUACAUUCUUGCACAUGGAGCAAGAGUUCCGUGAACUGAAAACCAUGGAGAAGGAAUACCGGGACUGGUUAUCCACUCAUGGAGAACAGCAGAAACAGAUGGCAGACAUGAAGGAGAAGAUGUCUCAUCUUGUAGAAGCUCAUGACUCCCUACGGGCCCGAGUUAAGGAGCAAGAGAAAGGGUUUGAAAAGGAGAGAAAGGAGAUGGUUAAAGCUUUGGAUUUGGCUAAUGACGACUUGACAGCAAAAGACCAAGCUGUGAAGCAGCUCGACGGCGAGCUGGAAAGACUAAAGGGAGCCCUAGAGCAUGUGAAAGUUCAGCGGUCUGAACUUGAUGUUCAACUCAAACAAACGAGGGAGCAGCUUGAAGGGGCGUGUGUGGAGGCCGGUAACUCCAGACUGGCUUUGGCAUCCUUGGAAAAGAGCAGCCAUACUGAGAAGGCCAUGAUGCUUGAAUCUUUGAACGGUAAGGACAAGAUUAUUCAGGAGCUGAAGGCCCAAGUUUCUCUUCUGAACCAGACGAUUGCAGAGCUCAAUGCGCACGAGGAAAAGUGGCGGGAGAUGCAUAAUGAGUGCCAGUCUUUAAGGCAGCUUCUCACUGAAAGAGAUGCUGAACGAAGGGAGAUGGACAGGAUUCAUGAAUCCUUGACCUUGAGGAGGAAUGAACAAGAGAAAUUAUGGUUGGCAGAGAGGGAGAAGCUCGUCACAGAUUUGCAGUUGUUUGAGAAAUCAGCGAGUGAUAAAGAUCAACAAUUGGUGGAGGCCCACCACACAGUAGAAAGACACCGGGAAGUCAUCUCGAAGCUCGAGAGUAGGUGUGCAUCAGUCGUCAAGGAGAUAGAAGAGCACAGUCUGCAGGCCCAAACAGCUACAGAACUGCUUGCAUUGGAGAAGCUCGAGAUGGAGAAGUUGAAGAAGGAAGCAAAGAACCAGACUGAGUCACUCUCUGCCGCCUUAAGUCACAAGGAGAUAACCCUGCAGAAGUUAACAGAUGACAUCAAGGAACUGGAGACGGAACUGGGGCAGAAGGCCACAGAGCUUUCGGUUCAGAAUGAGAGAGUUGCCCUGUUGGAGAAGAGGGUAAAAGAAACGACUGAUCUCCACUGCAACAUGGAGGAACACAUAUCUGCAAUGAAAGCACAAGCUGCGAAAGAUGCCGAAGAGCUUAAGAUUCUCGAAGACGCACGAAAGUCACUGGAAGAGGAGCUGAGGAGGUCUCAAGAGGAACAUUUAGCGAUGAAGGCAGAGAUCGAGAGGAAGUUGGAAAUAGUUCAACGCGAAUUGUCCACUUCAUCUAUGCGUCUGAAAGCUGUUACACAGCAGCUUGAGGAAGAGAGUGCUCAAAAGGAACUUCUUUUGAAGGAUUUAGAUCAGAAGGAGAGCACUCUUGCUAAGCUUACCGAGGAAAAGAAGUCAUUGAUUGUUGAAAAAGAUGCAAUGCACCAAGCUGUGCAAAUUCUGGAAGCAAAGAAACAUGAGCUGGUUCAAGAAGUUGAGAGUAGCAGGAUUUCUAUUAACAAAUUGUGCAACAAGGUGGAGUCGAUCGAAGCAAGCUUGGCUUCUCGAUGCACUGAGGUUAAGGAGUUACAAGCAAAGAUCCAGAAUGCUCACAAGGUAGACUCUCAGCUACGCCAUGCCGAGGAGAAGAUCAAGGAGCUUGAAGGCUACUUGAAAGCAGCGAAAGCCAUCGCUCAGGAUAAGGAGGAGAAGCUCGCAGCGUCGGAAUGGGCUGUGCAGCAGUUGGCUUUGGAUGUUACCAAGGCGAAGAAUGCUUUCCAUGUGAAAGAGCGUGAAGAAGCUAUUUUGCGAGAGAACCUGGACGACUUAGAACGCCAGCUGCGAGGAAAGGAAGGAGAGUUGAUCGAGAUGGAAUGCUACCUGGAAGAGGCAGCGGCGUCACGAAAAUCUAUGGAACAGGAGGUUGAGCUAUUGAACCAGCGCAUGGAGGAUCUGGACCGAGGAGCAGCCGAGUGGAAAAGGAAGGAAUCUGAUAUGACUUCUCAACUCGAAAUCGUUGGAACUGCUCUGGAGGAGAAAAGGGAAGCACUUGUCGCAUCGGAAAUGGAGGUCAAGCAAGGAAAUGAUUUGCGCCAGGUCAUGGAAGGAGCCAUAGAGAGCUUGAAGUCUCAGUUGGCAGAUGAACAAAGGGCGCUGUCAGCUCGACAGCUCGACAUGAACAGACUUUGUGAGGAUCUGGAAAGAACAAAAGAAGCAGCAAGUUUAUCAGCGGAGCUUGUGAAGGACUUACAAGGGAGGUUGCAACAGCUGGAGCAGAGUUCAGAAGAUCGUCUCACCAAGUUCCAGUCUACGGUGUGUGAAUUACAAGAAGAACUCUCGGCUGCCCACACUCAGCUUGAAAAGUAUGAGGUGCAGACAAAUGCACUACAGGAGGAAUCUUCUCGUUACAAGGAAAAAUGUGAAUCACUUCUGGAUCUGCAUGGGAGAAAGGACUGUACGCUGAAGGAUAUGGAAGCUCAGUUGGAUACUGUGCAAUCAGGCCUUGAAAAGCAAGGCAAUCUCCUGGAAAGACGUGAACGGGAAUUGCGACUUGCCAAGGAGCAGCUUCUGCUUCAAGAUGAGAGGCAGACUAGCAUGCAGGAAAGCGUUUCAAGGCUUCAGGGACAGGCAGCUGAACUGCAAUCGUCUAAUGAAGAGCUACAGGCAACGGUGAGGAAACUUACGAGUCGACUUGACAAUGCAAAUGUGGUAUCAGCGUUAAAGUCUGAGGAGAUCGACAGCCUGAAAGCUCAAGUUGAGCACUUGAGAGCAAUAGCUGUUCAAGAAGGAGAGUCUCAAGCCUUGGUGGUUAAACUAUCAGAGGAUUUGCAAGCUUCCUCGCAAGGUGUGCUGGAUCGCGAUGCUCGCAUUCGUGUUCUGAGUGCCUCUUUGGAGGAGGCACAAGGGCGGCUCCAGGUUGUUGAGGGAGUUCUGGCUAGCAAGGAAAUUGAUGUAGAAAUGCUGCAGGAGAAUCUCUCUCUAGCUGAGACGAAGGCCGAAGACAGUCAGACCGAGCUCACAAAGCUGCAGGAAGAGUUGAAAUUGGCACAGUCUGAAUUGGCUGAAAAGUCGCAGGUUUUAUCUUCGUAUGUAUCCAUGAUGAAUGUGUUGGAAGUCGAGGCUGCAGAGUGGAAAGAAAGGGCCGAUACCUUCAUUCGCGAGGAGAAGUCACUGAAGCAUGAGCUUCAGACGACUACCACCAGAGCUCUAGAAACCGAGCAGAUGGCUUUAGACACGAAGAUAAGCUUGGAGCAGGCACAGCUUGAGCUAAAAGAGAAAACAGAUGUUAUAACUCAGCAUCUUGCUUCGGUCACUGCUUUGCAGGAGGAGUUGAAUGAUUGGAAAGAGAAAGCACUGAACGCUUCCCAGGAGCAACAAGCGUCCCAGGCCGCGCUUGCUCUGGCAGAAGUGAGGGUAGUAGAUCUACAGGAAAUCUUGAGAAAAGGUGAAGAGGAUGCCAGCAAGUUUGCCUCGACUGUGAGCGAUUUGCAGGCAGAACUUCUCGAGCUUAGAUUGAAAGAGACUGCUGUUUCUCAAGAUGGUUCAAGGUUGAGACAAGAGCUGGAUCUGUCGCAAGCUAAGUCCGAGCAGAAUCAACAACAGAUUUCCGAGCUGCAAAAGACGUUGGAAAUGUCAGAGCAAGAUGUUAAGGAGAAAACAGAGAAGUUAUCUUACUACGUCUCUCUUUCCAGCAACAUGGAAGAAUCGUUGUGUGAAUGGAAGCAGAAGGCUGCCGCCGCAGAGGCUGAAGUCACGGAACUAAGACGGAAACUAGAGACUGCCGAAGGCCAAGGCAAGGAGUACAGUCAGGAGGUUUUGGAGAUGAAAGAGGCCAUUGAAAGGAGGGAGGAAGCACUGAGGGAGGAAAGGAAAAAUGGUCUACUGUUGGCUGAGAUGGAAAAGGACCUCAUCGAAGGGAGGAGGAAAGUUAGUGAGUCUUAUAGCCUGCUAGCGGGUCUCCAGGCGGUUGCAGAGGAUUGGAAGAGAAAGGCAGAAGCUGCAGCCGAAGAAGGAGAAGGCGUACAGUUAGAGCUGGCAGAGGCUAUGAAAACUCUCAACGAGUUAACGGUACAGGUUGAAGGCCACCAACUGAAGGAGCAAUCUCUUACUGAGCAAAAUAACAGGUUGCAACUGCAGUUAGCUGCGGCCGAGGAGGAGGUGCUUGCAAGGAAGAUGAAGAUGCAAAGCUUCCUCGGACAGCUUGAACAGUCUCAGAAGAGCGAGAGAGAUCUCCUCGUACAGCUGCGAAAGGAGCACAAGAUGCUGUCGCAGGACCUUGAGACUGAAGGUAGUGGUUUUGAGUGCACUUUUGAUAUCCAUGCGACUCUUGGGUCGAGCCAGGCUCCGGCUGACGCGCUUUUACCACCUGCCUGGAAACGCAUCACAAGUACGAGAGAAAACGGUGAGUUCAGAAAGUUUGCUUUCAAUGAAUCGCAAGACUCUGCAGAUGACUGCACUUUGGUUGCGGCCAAUGAAGCGCUGGAAAAGGAAUUGGUCAUACUCAGGCUCCAAUCGGAGGAAUCGCAGCAAGAAGCUCACAAGCUGGCUGUAAGGUUAGACGCUGCAUUGUCCAACUUAGCCACCAAGAAUCUCAUCAUUAAGCAGGUGCAUGAUGAGAUCUCGGGACUCAGAGCGGUAGUGAAGGCGCUGGAGUUGGAGAAACUCAAAAUUCAGGAUGAAAUUGUAUCUAAAAAGCCAAUUCAAAAUGGAGGUGUAGAAGAAGAUAUGACCUCUACAGUGACCGCCAAGCCAACGACUCAAGAGGAGUUGACCCACUAUUUGGAAUUAUGCGAUUCACUCGUGAGGAAGAACAUAAGGUUGGAGAAACAACUUGACGGGCUUCAAAGGAAGAACAGGGGACUUCAGAAACAAGUGGAAGGACUGCAGAUCUUCGAUAAGAACGCUGGUGACAAGCAGCGCAAGUCGUUGGAUCGAUUCUUGAUCACUACUAAUCCGGAGACGGAAUCUCAAAGUUUCCCUCGCAAGGUCAACGCGAAAUCUGGUGUCCUGGAGAGAAAAGGCUCUUUCCAGGAUAUGUCUAAAGGGAAAGUGCUUGGAGAGCUCGAUGAGAACGCGUGUCCUGUCAAUGUGGACAAGUUGCCCCUCCAAAUGAGUCGUCGACCACCGUUCAGCCCAGCAGCUGUGCAGCAGAAGAAAGCAAGGCGAGUCAUUGAUGAAUAAUGAAGACUUAGCUGUCGGAGCAUCUAGCUUUUUGCGAUCGGGUCGUCUUUCUCGUAUCUAUCCUCAAGAAAUAUUGUCCCUCUAAGAGACUCAAUACUUUUCCUGAGAGUGCCGAAGGUCGUAGCUCUCAAGUCCGUUCUGUAAAUUGAUUGAGAACGAGGUUUUAAGAAUGAAUGGUGAUUUGUGGUUCUUAAAAUCUCAACCGAGGCGCUAAAGACCAAUUUUGACCUACCGGCGAGUGAUAGACGAACCGUGUUUUAGGCUUUUCUUUAAGUAUUUAUGCCAGAUACUGGCUUUCUUCUGUGAGAUUUAAUGUACAUCAGUGACUUGUAUGCACUUUAGAAAUCCUUGAUUUGAAUUUUUUAUUUUUUUGGGUAGAUUCACUCGCUCAUUCAGUUGUGGAUCCUCUCCGUCUAGCAAGUAAUCGUUCUGCGAUGUAGACAGUAUUUGAGGAUUUUUGUUACUUGUCUUGAUGAUGGACACUUGCGUUGUUGAAACUUCUGGACCCGUCGUUUUGUCUUCCCUUCUUAUUCUCUGACAAUCUCUAUCAUGCUCGUCCGCAUCUUUACGUAAUCCAUCAUACUUUUUAG